AAGCUGUGGUUGCCGUGGUGAUCGUGUGAGGGGCGGGGCCACGCCGCUGCGUCACAUCCGCUCAUCUCCAACCCGGAAGACCGGGAGCCAUGAUGAUGCGCGAUCCGUUCGCGUUUUUUCCGUGAGAACCGCUUUGAUGGGACACACACACACAUACACACAGAGAGAGAGAGAGGGAGAGAGAAAGCGUGUGUUUUCAGGGCGAGUAUGGAGUUCCCGGGAGGAAGUGACAGCUACCUGGCCAUCAGCGGCGAGGGCCAGCACUUCCUGUCCUCCUCGUUCCCCGCCGAGACGUUUCACACUCCCAGUCUGGGCGAUGAGGAUCUGGAUCUGGACCCGGACUCGGCGCUGGGCGUCUCUGGCGUGGUGUCUGAUUUCGGAGAGCUGGACGACGGCGGGCCGGCUGGGGUUCCCGGGAACGCUGUGGUCGGAGGCAAUGACCCAUCGUUCGCCUCGACCUUCGUGAACACGCCGUCUCAGAGUCUGGAGCACCUGAGUCUGAUGAGCCAGCAGAGCGGCGGACCGAUGCUGGGGUCUGCACUGGGAAUGGAUCUCGCUCAUCCUAUUGGCUCUCAGUUCAGCAGCUCUUCUCCAAUGACCAUCGACGUCCCGCUGAGUGACAUCAACCACGGCCUGCUGGGCCACACCCAGCUGACCACCAUCGACCAAUCAGAGCUCAGCGCGCAGCUGGGCCUCAGUCUGGGCGGCGGCACCAUCCUUCCCCGCCCACAGUCACCUGACCAGCCGCUGUCCACUGAUUCGCUGUCUGAUUCGCUGCACGACGACGACAUGGACGACUUCAGACGGAAGAGCGUUCUGGUGGACUCUCCGGUGUCUCUGUGUGUGUCGUCUGGCGUCAUCUCCCUCUCGCCGUCUCUGUUGGAGCAGCAGGCCGUCCCAGCAUCCUCUGCUGCUCCCGUACGGAAGGCAGUCGGCGGGAAAAAGGGCAAGAAGAAGAAAGACCCGAACGAGCCGCAGAAACCCGUGUCGGCUUACGCACUCUUCUUCAGGGACACGCAAGCCGCCAUCAAGGGCCAGAACCCCAGCGCCACCUUCGGAGAGGUGUCCAAGAUCGUGGCCUCCAUGUGGGACAGUCUGGGAGAGGAGCAGAAACAGGUCUACAAGAGGAAGACAGAAGCUGCCAAGAAGGAGUAUCUGAAGGCCCUGACAGCUUACAAAGCCAAUCAGCUGUCACAGCAGCCGACUAUUGAAGUGUUAGACGCUCCUGCGUCUCCUGCCGCCGCCGUGGCCCCGCCUCCCGAACCCGCAUUGACCGUCACCCCGCCGCGCUCGUCCCGCAUCCCGCUGCACGCGCCCGACAACAACACCAUCACCAACAUCUGCACCUCCAACAUCAUCCUGGACCUGCCGCAGGUGACGACGCGCUCGCGCACAGGUGCGCACAAACCCCCGGCCCCGCCCCCCGUCAACAAGAUCCUCAUCUCCAAGCAGCAGCUGCAGGCGCCGCGGCAACCUCCGCCACUGCAGCAGAUGCAGAACACGCCUCCACCCCCGCGCCUGCAGCAGAUGGUACAUUCCCCGGCUCCGCCCCCUCUGCAGGCCAAACCGCGACAGGUGGUUGCCAUGGCGCCGCCGCCGCCCCUGCAGAUCAAGAUCGUCCCGGCGCCCUCGCAGACCGACAUGAGCGCGCCGAUCAUCGUGACGACCGCGGCCUCGUCUGUGGUGGAGGCGCCGCCGCCCGCUGCCAUAGUAACAGACCUGUCGCCGUCGGCAACCGAGGAGGUGGCUGAAGAAGGGAUGGAGGUGGAAGUGAACGUGUCUCCGGCUCCAGACGCUCCCAGUGUGUGUGUCCGCGCCGGCUGCAACAACCCACCCAUAGAGAGCAAAGACUGGGACCGAGAGUACUGCAGCAACGAGUGUGUGGCCACUCACUGCAGGGACGUGUUCAUGGCCUGGUGUGCCAUCAGAGGACAAAACUCAACCAGCGUCACAUAGAACCGCACGAACACAAACGAGACGGACAGACGUGUGUGUGUGUGUGUGUGUGUGUGUGUGUGUGUGUGUAGCGUGGAGCUUUGGCUGAAUAAGAACAGCAGAAAAACCCAUCGAAAGCUCGACGUGAAACCGUUACAUGCAUCUUCACAUGUACAGACUGAUUCGGAGAAAAGCAGCGGAAAUCUUGGGAUUUCUUAAAUAGUAAUAAAAAAAGGUGUUCAGGAUGAAAAAGUGAGUAUUUAAACAGAUUCCCAUAAUGUAACUGUGUAUGACUGUGGUAUUUGGUGUCAAAGUGCAGGAUGGCGGCCAUUUUUACCAGGUGUGUUUGUUCUCGUGUGUCAAAACACCGUCCAGAAACACGUUUUACGCAAGUAUGCAAACAUAUACUUGUUUGUGUGCCUGCAUAGAGGGUGUUUCUGCCGUUGAGCACGAGUGUGUGUGUGUGUGUGUGCGAUUGAGCACUAAACCGAUUCUUAAGCUAAUAACAGACUGUUUUAAAACCAUGACGUCACUUUUGUGAAUGUUCCCGAUUUCGGCGCUCGCUUGAUUUCAUUUUGAACAAGGGCAAAAAUUACCAUGGUAACUUCAGUUCCUGCCCAAAAUUCCGUUGUUACUAUGGUUACUGUUACAAUAGAACUGUGGUAACUAACCACCGUAAAAUCAAAACGGCACUGUUUGAGGCGCCGUGUUUAUUGUGAUUUUAUUAUACUAACAACAAUUAUAGACUCUAUUUACACGAAUGCAUUUGGCAGACGCUUUUAUCCAAAGUGACUCGAGCUGUACGUUUAAUUGGUUCAUGCGUUGCCUGGGAAUCGAACCCGUGAGCUUUAACGCCGUAAUUGAGAAACUGUGGUUACUAUGGUACAUUUUUGCAAAGGAGUGUUUUAAUAUCUUUUACAUUUUCUGAACUUACUGUGACGCACGCUGUGGAUUAAAAACGAAUAGAUUUUAUAUUGGGGGAAAUGUACAGAAACCAACAUUAUACAUGUAACUGCUUUAAUGAAAAUGUGAUGGAUUUUUUUUUCUUUUUUGAUUUUUCUUUUAUUCCUUUGACUUUUUGGACUGUAUCAUCAUCAUCUCAGUUCUCUUACUGUAUUGAGUAUGUGAGUUGAAUAAACAAUCAAAUGGAAAAAAUAAAUAAAUAAAUAAAACCGUAAUGUGUUUCUUUGGUCAU